CCUCCCCUCCUCCCCCCACCCCCGGCUUUUCUUGAUUCUACUGUUUCCAUAUUUUCCAGUCUUCAUGGUUUGCUAACACAGGUAGGGUACCAAAGACUCCUCCCCAGGGAUUUGAGAAAAUUGAGGUGCGCAGCGGGACUACAGGUCUCCUAGCCUCAUCUGUGUGACCUGUGAAAUGGGUCCAGCCGCGUCUGGACUAUGGUGAGGAUACAGUCUGAGGAAGGGAAACUGAACAAAUGCGUGCUAUAGGCAGAAACGGGGGAAGGAAAGAGGGAGUGGAAAGAGCUGAGGAAGCGGUAAGGAUGGGGACUGGGAGCGAGACAAGAGAGGGAGUGGGCUGGAGCAGGAGAAUCCCCGCCCUGGGAAGCAGAAAGGACGCCCGCGUUGCACAGCCAGAGGUAGCGCCGAGGGCGGCUCCCAGAGGGCGGGCUCCAGUCCCCGCCGCCCGCAGGUGAGUAUCGGUCUUCCCCUCCCCCACCCCGGCUUUCGGUCCGGGGGAGGCGGGAGCACCUUCCCCGGCUCUGAUCCUAUCGCUGCCGGCGCAGGGCUGCCUGGGCCUUCUGUGGGACGGGGAGGGGGGGAGGCGGGAUGUGUCACCCAAAUACCAGCGGGCGAGUCGCGGCGGAACCCGCCGGGCAGGUCGGGCCGAGUAUAAGAGGGACAGAGAGCCGCCGGGCGGCAGAAGUCCGCGGACAGUGCCAGGUGCCGCAGCUCCGCUGAGUCCCGUCCGCGCUCCUCCACCCCACCAUGGCCCGGGGUCCGGGCCUCCCGCCGCCGCCACCGCGGCCGUUGCCACUGCUGCUGCUGCUGUUACUGCACCUGGCGGCGGUGACCCGCCACGCGGCCGCGCAGGACAACUGCACGUGCCCCACCAACAAGAUGACCGUGUGCGGCCCCGACGGACCGGGUGGCCGCUGCCAGUGCCGCGCGCUCGGCUCGGGCGCGGUGGUCGACUGCACCACGCUCACCUCCAAGUGCCUGCUGCUCAAGGCGCGCAUGAGCAGCACGAAGAGCGGCCGCGGGCUGGUUCGGCCGAGCGAGCAUGCGAUCGUGGACAACGACGGCCUCUACGACCCCGACUGCGACCAGGAGGGCCGCUUCAAGGCGCGCCAAUGCAACCAGACGUCGGUGUGCUGGUGCGUGAACUCCGUGGGUGUGCGCCGCACCGACAAGGGCGACCAGAGCCUGCGAUGCGACGAGCUUGUGCGCACCCACCACAUCCUCAUCGACUUGCGCCACCGCCCGGCCGCGCGCGCCUUCAACCACUCGGAGCUGGACGCCGCGCUGCGGCGCCUCUUCCGCGACCGCUACCGGCUGCAGCCGCGCUUCUUGGCGGCCGUGCACUACGAGGAGCCCACCAUCCAGAUCGAGCUGCGGCAGAACUCCUCGCAGAAGGUCCCCGGCGACGUGGACAUCGCCGACGCCGCCUACUACUUCGAGAGGGACAUCAAGGGCGAGUCGCUGUUCGCUGGCAGCGGCGACAUGGACGUGCGUGUGCGCGGCGAGCCCCUGCACGUGGAGCGCACGCUCAUCUACUACCUGGAUGAGCAGCCGCCCCAGUUUUCCAUGAAGCGCCUCACCCCCGGCCUCGUCGCCGUCAUCGUGGUGGUGGCGCUGGCCGUCGUCGCCGGCGUGGUCGUCCUGGUGGUCAGCAACCGCAGGAAGGCGGGGAAGUACAAGAAGGUGGAGGCCAAGGAGCUGGGGGAGUUGAGAAAUGCGCCGAGCCAGUAGGCACUUGGCGGGCCUGAGGGGUGCGGGGGUGUGGGCGUCGACCCUAAGCAGAGGCUGAGACCCGGUCCAAGGGAGACAUCUCUCUGUCCCCCCACCCCCUGCCGCCGCGUCCACUCUCCACCUCCUCCCGGGGUCACCCGCCUGCUGACUUCUGUCUGGAAGGAAGCAUUUCUAAACUUCCUUCCUUUUUGGUCCAACAAUGAGAAUGGCCCCGCGGUCGGUGUGGGAAGCCAAGUGCCUGCCAGGGUCAGAAUCCACCACGAAGGCUCAAGUGGGCUUAGAUGGAAAGCGGCGCUUUUUACUGUUCUGGGGCUUGAGCUAGCCAAUGAGCUCCACUUGUAUCGUGUGGCUUCCCCGAGGAGUUUGUUAAUUGGGCCUGCGAGGUGUUCUGUACCGUGGUUGGUGGGACCGACCACAGCUCCGUCGCCAGGACAAAGCCCAUUUCCGCUCCUGAGCGCUCCCUAGAUGCCAUUGAGGGCAACCCCCUGCCCCAGAAACUCAGUGUCUGGUCUUCAGCUCGCCCGGAGGACAGCUCCUGUUAGUUGUGUUUCCUUUUGUAAAAUGUUUGUACAUAGAUUGUCUUUAAUAAUGCUGCUGUGAUUUUUUUUUAAAAAAAUAAAUAAAAACAAAUUGAAUAAAAUACCAAAAA